AGGUGGGGUGGGAGGAGCAGCUUGAAAGUUCCUGUUAAUUUGUUCUGUUUGGAGAGUCAGCGAGGGUUUGUGUGAGGAGCGUACUGCUUGGUUGUGGAGGUCUCGGGCAGAGAGAGAUAGAGAGAAAGGGGGACUGACUGAUGGGACAGAGCUCUCCCUGAAGGAGAUGGACAGUUCCCUGAAUGUGCAGCUAUCCAGAGACUGGGCCGAGGAGCAGGAGGAUGGACUGUCCGAACUCGAUUGGUACCACUACGAUCUUUCUCGACACGCUGCUGAGGCCAUUCUCCUCUCCAAUGGGAAGGAUGGGAGUUACCUUCUGAGAAAGAGUCAAGAUGGCCCAACUUUGUAUGCAUUGUCAGUGAGAGGCAAAGACUCAGUCAAACACUUCCAGAUUGAACGGACUAAAAAUUCAAUUAAGUUUGGGUUUAAUGAGUUUCGCUCACUAUCGGAAUUUGUCAACCAUUUUGCCAAUCAGCCACUGAUUGGCAGUGAGACAGGGACCCUUCUUAUACUCAAAAAACCAUAUCCUCGAAAGGUAGAAGAGCCUUCCAUAUACGAGUCAGUGCGAGUCCACACAGCCAUGCAGACAGGCCGCAAGGAAAGUGACCUCGUUUCUGAGGCACCUUCAUUGGGCACCAAGGAAGGGUACCUCAUAAAGCAAGGAGGCAGAGUAAAGAGCUGGAAAACAAGGUGGUUUAUUCUACAUAGAAACGAAUUGAAAUAUUUCAAGGAUAAAAUGUCGACAGAACCAAUUAAGACACUCGAUCUAACAGAAUGUACUGGGGUUCAAUUUGACUACUCACAAGAAAGGAUUAAUUGUUUCUGUUUGGUAUUUCCGGAAAGAACAUAUUAUAUGUGCACAAAGACAGGAGUUGAAGCUGAUGAAUGGAUCAAGUUAAUACGAUGGAAGUUGAGUCAAAUGAAGAAAGCAGCAAAAUCUUAAAUGGAUCACCAAGAAUUGUCAUCUGCAGUGCCACAACGGUCCUAGCUUUUGAUGAAAAGCCACCAUCUCUACAAACUGAGGGAUUUGAAAGUCCAUUUAUUUUGCUUUAGUUUCCCUUUUUUAAUCCUUUGAAAUUGGAGCAUAGCACACAGAUUUGACACCAAUUUAACAAAGCCAUAAACGCAAAGCACUCAGGACCAUUUCUAGAAGAAUGGAACUCAAUAACCAAAGUUAUAUUGAACUCACUGGAUAAAGAAUGCCUCUUGAAAAGACUCCUUUAUCAAAUGACUGGGCAGUUUGGGGCUCUUUUCUCUUGCAGUCGUCUGCUGGAGAGAACUUUGUUAUAAAUACUUAAAAUAACAGAGUCUCUUCUUUCAAGUGAUCAGUGAGAACGUGGAACUUCUGCCAAACCAGUCGCAUUUAAGGAAAAGGCACACAAGUGGUAAAGGAACAGCCCAAUGUUAUGCUGCUACAUUCAGAUGAAAUAGGUGGGAGGUGGUUUGUACAGAACAAACACCAGCAUAGAUCUAUUUCUAUGCUAAUACAUUCAAUGUAGUUAUCAUUAGUAAAAAUCAAAGGAUGAAGUAACAUGUUUAAAUGCUGCCUGGAACAUGAGCCCUGGCUGGCUCUAUUUCAUCUAUGAUCUAGAGUGUAGAACAGAAAUUAACAAAUUAAUCUAGAAAUAAUGCUUUGGCUAGCAGAUGUUAUUUAAGCUUCUCAGAACUUUGCAUUACUUUUGUAAGAUAUUUCUGAUACAAGUGUUUUGAAAGCUGAUCAUUUUUGAGUACUAACAAGGGCAUUAGGUGGUGUUUUAGAAAAUCUUUUAAAUGUCAACUGUAAUUUUCAAUUUCCAUUCUCACUGCCAUUUUAAAUAUUACCUUGUUUUUCUGCUAGGUAUGGCGAAAUACCAGCUGCAUCUAAAAAGCCAUUUGUUAAAUAAUAGCUAGUAGGUCCUUGUUUUACACUGCUUCCUUGAAUGUGGUUUUAAUGUUUUGAGUCAUCUGCAUCGUGGUUCAGUACCACCUCAUCAAGCACAUGGCAGGCCAUUUCUUAGCACCGUGUUAGCUACAGUGGCAGAUGUCAGCACUGGGGGCAAUUUCACAUUUUAAAACAAACCAAGAGCCAGCAUCCUGAAGAUGACCUGUCACAAACUCAAAGGAAGAGCCAUGGGAAAAAGCAAUUUUCUUGACUCAAGCUGAUCUUAAUUUUGGAAGGCGUAAGUGUACACAUAUGGUACAUUUGUGGCUUUUUCUUGCCUUAAGGAACCUACCUCUCCCCUGCCAAUUCCAGUUGUAACUCUGUUUUCCACAGGAAUCAUAAUAUCAAUUUUUAGGAGUAAGUGAGGACUUAGCACAUUUGUUUAGACAGUUUAAGCCUGAAAUGGCAAUUAUGACUACCCACAACAACUACAUUGCAGAAUGAAGGGUACUCACUUUUGACAGUUUUAAAUUCAUAAUUCUGAGUUUGCAAGUAUUUCAGUGACAAUAGCUGAACCUACUUUACGAAGAUUGGUCAUGAAACAUGCAGACCAUUUUUUUACUCCUAUUCUUCCCUUAAGGUUUUUAUGAUUCACAAACGUGCAUUUUUAAACUUGCACUUGGUGCAAUUUCAAACUGGCACCACGGCCAGCACUAUUCUAGCUAAGAAUGGGGACGCCCUCCUAAACCAAACAAAUUGACAUAGAAAUAAGUGGUAUUGUUUUAGACUUCCAAAUAAAGAGGUUAGAACCCUAACAAUCCUUUCACCAUCUUAACUCCCAUUUUGAAGUCACAAUAUUUACACAUUACAUCUUUUUAAAAAAAAUCUAUGGUACUUUGGGGCAAAUUAUCAAGAAAUAAAGUUAGACAUAUGACAGC